GCGUAUCACGAUGGCCUCCUCUGUUGGGACAGGACUCCGUGGAAUACGCUGGCGGUGCAGAAGUGUUUCAGCGUGUUCCAUGGAGUGCAGUAUGAUGACACACAAAACGCAACCCGCCUAUGCCUGAACGGCGAGUGGCAGAACUAUACAAAUUAUGCAAAUUGCACAGAGAGGAUAGCCAAUGUGUCACCAACUGACGUCACAAGUCUCAUCUAUCUAUCCGGCUACUCGCUCAGUCUUGGUGUAUUGUCGCUUGCUGUCUUCGUCUUUUUAUAUUUUAAGGAUCUCAGAUGUCUAAGGAAUACAAUACACACAAAUCUAAUGUCAACAUACAUACUAUCAGCAUGUAGUUGGGUUUUAAAUUUAGCGUUACAGAAUUGGUCGGAUGAAGCUCAGCAAGACCAGACGUCGUGUUUGGUAUUAGUCAUAUGUAUGCAUUAUUUUUACCUGACAAAUUUCUUUUGGAUGCUUGUAGAAGGUCUGUACUUGUAUAUGUUAGUGGUGGAAACAUUCACAGCUGAAAACAUCAAACUGAAGGUCUACACUACUAUUGGCUGGGGAGCUCCAGCUAUAUUCAUCACUGUUUGGGUGAUUUCAAGGUGUUUCGUGACCAUCGUUCCUUCUACGGAUCCUGAUGGGUUAACUAUCGCUGGUGAUACCAAGAUGUGCUUAUGGAUUCACGAACACCAAGUAGACUGGAUCCACAAGGCGCCAGCGCUAGCGGGCCUAGCCCUUAAUCUAUUCUUCCUUAUCAGGAUUAUGUGGGUGUUAAUAACGAAGCUGCGAUCCGCGAACACUUUAGAAACGGAACAGUACAGGAAAGCGACCAAAGCACUGUUAGUACUAAUCCCACUGCUGGGCAUCACUAAUCUGCUGGUAUUGUGCGGACCCAGCGACGACUCCUGGUUCGCCCACGCUUUCGACUAUACCCGAGCACUGAUGUUGUCAACACAAGGAUUCACGGUGGCUCUAUUCUAUUGCUUCAUGAACACUGAAGUCAGACAUGCGAUACGAGGGCACGUGGAACGAUGGAAGACUGGCAGGACAAUCGGAGGGGGCAGGAGGAGGGGCGCUUCCUACUCUAAAGAUUGGUCCCCGAGAUCUAGAACGGAAAGCAUCAGGCUCACAGUAUGAAGAACUGCAACACCUGCAAAGCCAGCAUUUGGUUUCCAGUGUCAACUUAUUGCAUUUACGAAGAAUUUAUAAUUUUAAAUAAUUAGUAAUGAUGUAAUGUGGAUUUGGGUGUAUUUUUAUUUUGUUAUUUUCCAAUAAAAUAAUUGUUUAUUCUGCUUU